GGAGUGAACAAAGCAGAAGAAAAAGGUGAGUCAUUUCCGUUCCUCCUCCUACCACCAGCACCAGGUCUCUGUUUCUCCACUCUCCCCACCGUCCUCCCUCAUCCCAAAUCGAACCGCCUCCCCGUCGCAUCGAUCCCAAUCUGACCAUCCCCAAAACCCUAACCCUCACUCGCCUCCUAGCACGGCGGCGAGUCACGGCGGCGGAGGCGUGAGAUGGCCGCGCGGGCGUAAGCAUUUCGGAGGCGAUCGCGGAGGUGGGGGCUUCCUGUGACCCGCCAGCGGUCUCGCUGGUGCCGGCCCGUGCCCGUGGGUAUGGCGACGUCGUCGUCGGCUGGCGGGGGCGGUGCCGCCGGGGGCGCGCCUGGACUCAAGACUUACUUCAAGACUCCCGAGGGCCGGCAUAAGCUGCAGUACGAGAAGACCCACUCCCCCUCCGUGCUGCACUACAACCACAGCUCUGGUGGCAAGACUGUCUCCGAGAUGACAGUGGCAUAUUUGAAGGAGAAACCGGUGGGGCAGGGCUCUACACCGUCAACACCAAGUUCCAGCAGUGGCAUGCGAUCUGCAGCUGCAAGACUGCUUGGUACCGGGAAUGGGAGCCGGACACUUAGCUUUGCAGGCAGCAACGGUGUCAGCAGGGCUGUUUCAGGGAGCAGCCGUGUGGGUGGCGGCGUUGGUACGUCAACAGGCGUUGGUGGAUCUCAAGCCGUGGCGAAUUACGAUGGCAAGGGAACAUACAUCAUCUUCAAUACCGCAGAUACACUGUUCAUUAGUGAUCUCAACUCACAUGACAAAGAUCCAGUAAAGUCCAUCCACUUCAGCAACUCAAACCCAGUUUGUCAUGCAUUUGACUCGGAGGCCAAAGAUGGGCAUGACGUGAUUGUUGGAUUAUGGUCAGGAGAUGUCUAUUCAAUGUCAUUGAGGCAACAGUUGCAAGAUCCUGGAAAGAAGCCUGUUAUGUCUCAGCAUUUUAUCAAUAAAGACAAAGAUGGAACUGCCAACAGCCGCUGUACUUGUGUUGCAUGGGUUCCAGAGCGUGAAGGCAUUUUUGUUGUCAGCAAUGCUGAUGGGAAUCUGUAUGUGUAUGACAAAUCCAAGGAUGGAAGUGCUGACUGGGCAUUUCCAACUGUAAGGGAUCAAAAUCAGCUGGUGAUUUCACAUGCAAAGUCCAAUAAGAGCAAUCCUACUGCAAGAUGGCACAUCUGUCAAGGUGCAAUCAAUGCCAUUUCAUUUUCGCCGGAUGGAGCUUACAUGGCAACUGUUGGGCGAGAUGGUUAUUUAAGAGUAUUUGACUUCGCGAAAGAACAACUAAUAUUUGGUGGGAAAAGUUACUAUGGUGCUCUUUUGUGUUGCUCAUGGAGUGCGGAUGGAAAAUAUAUAUUAUCAGGUGGGGAAGAUGAUCUUGUGCAAGUAUGGAGCAUGGAUGACAGAAAGAUGGUUGCGUGGGGCGAGGGGCAUACAUCAUGGGUUAGCUCAGUUGCCUUUGAUUCGUAUUGGUCCCCUCCAAGUUCUGAUGACGCAGGAGAAAAUGCCAUGUAUCGCUUUGGUUCUGUUGGCCAGGAUACCCAACUUCUUCUCUGGGAUUUGGCAAUGGAUGAGAUUGCUGUGCCACUUCGACAUCCUUCCAGCGGCUCCCCAACAUUUAGCAGUGGAAGCCCUUCUGCACACUGGGACAGUGCAUGUCCUCCUCCUACUGGUGUUCUUCAGCCGUCUCCACGGAUGCGAGACGUACCAAAGCUCUCACCCCUCGUUGCACACAGAGUACAUGCUGAUCCCCUUUCUGGCCUAGAAUUCACCAGUGAAUCGAUCGUCACCAUAUGCCGUGAGGGGCUAAUCAAAAUCUGGGCCAGGCCACAACACAGUGAAAACAGCCAGCGGCCAAAUUCUUCUGAGCUGGCAGCUGGCAAUGCCAUCUCCAAGGAUAAGAUGAUAACAUCACCAAACAAAGCAGGCACUUCCAGCUCUAGCUUCAAGCAACCAUCAUCUGUUAUUUUCUCAUGACCAAAGGCUUCUGCUUGCAUUUUUAUCAUGCUUGCUCAGCCAUGGCUACUCAUAUCUUGUCACUAACGUGGCGAUUAGUGACGCAGGGCUUCGCUGGGAAGUCUGCCAGCGACAGAGGCGUGCUUCAUAGAUGUCUAUGUGACAAAAGAAUAACGGAACUUGUUCCUGUACAGAUACAGAUAUUGCCCCCAGAUGAAUAGUACAAGUUUACUGGUUGUUGUUCCAUAUCAUUUGUCUGGUCUUCCAUAACAUCUCAAUAGAUUAGAGUAUGUACCCAUUCUUUGCAUAUUAAUGGUAUCUUCACUUAUUAGGCGCUCUGGAGGUUACAGAUCAGAUUCCAUUUGCCCCCCAUAACGUUGCUUUCCUGCUUGUGUUAUCAAUGGAACUGUAAAUUACUGUUGUUGUUUAUACAAUGUUUCUGAAUCCCCUUGGGUAUUGUAUUCCAUUUCUUCUUCUUUUGA